AUGAUGGAGACCCUAGGUUGUGUUGAGGAGGGUAAUUUGCUUUAUUACCACUUCAAAAGACCCUUUUCAGAUUUGGACUUUGGGUUGUUUACAUUGGCUAGUGAUAGUGACAUUAACCAUUUGGGUACAUACGUAGGUAAACAUAAACUGAUUGAAGUUUAUGUUGAACAUGGUAAAACAGUGUUGCAUACAUAUACAAUGUCAUCUACCCCUUGUAAAGUUAGGAUUGAAGAAAUCGUUGAUCAACCUUCAUGUAGUAGAAGGCUAUUUUUGGAAUGGAGGGAAACUGAAACAGGGGAUUAUAUUGGAUCAAAACCUGGAGGGAUUACUCAUGAAAGUGACAAUAGAAAUGAUGUUAAUGAUAGUGGUGAUAGUGGUGAUAGUGAUGAUAAUAUAGAGUGGGUGGGUGAUCUUGGAGGGUCAAAUGUCAAGGAAAUGAUAACAAGGGAAAUUGAUGAUAUUGAGGUUGUAAACAAUGCGGUAUUCUUAUAUGAGUCAUCAUCUGAUGAAUGUGGGAGCAACAGGAGAAAAAAAUCAAUUAAGGCAAUCCGAAGGGCAAUGGAAAUAGUGAAGCAAGAGUUAGGGGUCGUUUGA